GAGCUUGUCACGUUCAAAGUCGCGAACACUCUUCAGUUCAAUGCAAUAGUGUACCUCAAAGUUAUUAUUGAAAUGGAUACCUAUGAUGAUAAAGAAAAUUAUGAAAGAAACUGGUUCUACAAAGAGGGUAACACAAGAGGGAGACUCAGGCGUCAACUUGGCAGGGCUACUCAAUUACUUCGCAAGAGUUUAGCGAAGGGUGAUGUCCCUUAUGCUGACAUAGAAGAUUCAAUUGAUUUGAUUAUGAACAACGUGCACAUGUCCCACAAGUUCGAUACACUCUUAGAAGAAAGGAAUUACGUCAAUCGCAUGUUUGCUGAACACCUAGAGAAGUACGACAUCUUCUAA